AACCUAGAUCCCACAAAUGUAGAUGAAGCUUGCAUGGCCCAGUUCUUAACAGGCCACAGAUUGAUACUGGUCCAUGGCCCGGGAGUUGGAACCCCUAAUUUAGGGAACAUACGCUAAACAUUGGGCUUAUUAACAAACUGCAAGGCCAUUGUUGCUGUCCAUAUAGCAGCCAGAUUGACUGAACCAAUAUUUAUGUACAGUAUUCAUUUGAAAUGAUACAGCUUCCCAUUAAACAUCUUCAAACAAUUAUUUAAAUUUAUUAACAUAUUUUAAUCUUGCAUUUCUAGUUUAUUAACAUAUUUUAAUCUUUCUAAAUUAAUGGACCUAUCACAGUGGUCCAUAGUCUAAAAUCAGAUACUUUGUUAAUUGUUAAAACCACAACAGAAGCACAAGAGAAGCAAUAAAUAUCUUGAGCUGAGCUCAGAAAUAAAGAGAAUCAUUAAAGAGUAUUUUUUUUUAAAGAAAAGGUUUUCCUAUCCCUUUCUUCACAUGUAAUUUUUGUACUUUUCUUCAAGGUAAUUCUGUGUAUAGUAUAUCAUAGUGCAACCGAUCUGGACAUGACAGAGCUACACAAAAUUUGUCUUUGUACAAUAUCAGAUAUUUGAAUUAAUAGAAUGAGUUCAGAUCAGAAUGAUAAGGAGAAUUGUGCAAAUAUAUGGAUAAGAAAAUCCUGUUCAGCAUGGUGGUUAGAAAGCUGAGGUACAGUUUUCUCACAUAACUUUCCUAUCCCUUUUAUUUUCUCAUGGAAGUCUUGAGAGUUUUCUCUUCUAGGUCUGUUCUAUUAGAAAAUUAUUGGGAAUGUUUUAAUUUGGAUUCAUGCAGAAAAUAGUCAUGAGCUAGACCUCUUGGGCAAAAUGGUCCUACUACCUCUAUUGUAAUUAAAUUUCCUCUUGGGCCACACCCUCUUUAACUGUAGUAGGAGAACUGGGUUAGUUUAUGAUUGUAUUAGUCUGCAUCAGAAGGAGUUAGGUGACACUUUUUCUAACAAAAUGCAGCUUCUGAAAGUAUAUGCGUAAUACAGUUUGUCAGUUGGAAAACAUGCUACCAGACUCCUGAUUUUUUAGCUCUCUUUCAUUAAUCAAUGCCUUUGUGACACAGCUUUUUCUCUUGCACCAGUUAUCAACUUUCAUUCAAGAUGGGCAGCAUGAACAGUUGUUUUUUGGAGCAUUUAAAGGCAGUAAGAUAGUUGUUUUUGUCAUUAGGAUUUCUUAAACCUCUUUUUUUAAAUGUUAUUUUCACAAGGGGAUGAUCAUCUAAGAGACGUGAAGCAUCUGCAUGGGGGGAAAUAAAAAAAUCAAAAUGGUAGUUGUGAUUGUAUGUUUAAAUCUCUUUUUUAGCUGCAUCCUGUGACACGUGUAAAAAGGGGCCUGGACUGACACACCUCCUCCCCCAUAGGUGCCCCUGAGAGUUUCCCAUUGAUGAUAGAUUGUAGGUCUGCUCUCAGCUAAAAUAUAUUCUGUAUGACUUUUCUGCAACUAUGUUUUAACAUUAUAGGGUGAAUAUUGUAUCUUUUAAAAGAUACAGAAUCUGUAAUUACUUUCUUGAUGCAAACACAGACUGAGGUUCUUAUUUUAGAUGAAAGGGGGUUUCUACAGUUACUCAUUUUUCAUGCUUGUAACUUUAUAGAUGCUUCUUUGUUCACAAUGAUCCGAAAUAUACACAACAUUCAAAGAAAUCUAAUCUUGAGCUCUUCCUAAAAUCUUUUUCCCUGCGUCUCUGGAAUUUUCUUUCUGAUGAAGAAUAACUAGGGUGGGAGGAGGAAAGUUCACCCAGUUCUGCAGCUGCCUUAUUCACUACAUCUGGAAGCAGUUUGCAUGUAGCUCUCUCAUUUCAACAGGCCCAAGUCUGGAUUCUGUACAGUUCUGUAAUCACGGAGAAAGGAAGGAAAAAAGUAAUUUCCAAAUAAAGCACAGAAGAUUUUUUUAAAAAACAAUUCUGCCUCAAAUUAGUUUUGAAGGAACUAAAAAGGACCUUGAAGUGUCUCGCAUAUGGGAUUUCAAUGUGAAUCCCUCGAGAAAAGGGAUUCUUACAUGAAUGUUUAUUACACUGAAUCAGCCAGCUACCCACAGCAACUGCUUGCUUGAAGUUAUUUUUCUGGAGAAAAUAAUCCACAAUUGCUCUGCUGCUGCCUUGAAAGACUGCAACCAAAUGAAAGAGCCAUAUGGCUUUAUUACGAAAAAUUAAUCAGAUCCUACUAUUCCUUCUUGUUUUGACUCUCUGUGUUAUUCUGUAUAAUAAAGUUCAAAAGAUGCCAUCUGCUAUCCUGAAUAAUGAAUCGAUUGAUUUGGAGAGCAUGGAAGAGAUAGAAGAAGAAAUUCCAGUCGUGCUAUGUGCUGCUGCAGGCAGAAUGGGUGCAACAAUAGCUGCAAUCAACAGCAUUUAUACCAACACGGAUUCAAAUGUCCUCUUCUACAUAGUUGGACUAAAGAGCGGCAUUCCACAUAUCAGACAGUGGAUUGAAAACUCCAGACUGAAAGAUAUCAAGUUUAAAAUUGUGGAAUUCAAUCCUAUGGUGCUUAAAGGGAAAAUCAGACCAGACGCAACCCGUCCUGAAUUACUUCAGCCUCUAAACUUUGUUCGAUUUUACCUCCCUCUACUUAUCCAUGAACAUGAAAAAGUGAUUUAUUUUGAUGAUGACGUGAUUGUACAAGGAGACAUCCAAGAUCUAUAUGAUACAAAGUUAAUCCGAGGACAUGCUGCAGCUUUUUCAGAUGACUGUGAUCUACCUUCAACUCAUGAAAUGGUUAGAAGUGUAGGAAUGCAGAACACUUAUAUGGGCUUCCUGGACUAUCGAAAGCAAACAAUCCGAGAUCUGGGUAUAAGUCCCAGCACCUGCACAUUUAAUCCUGGUGUGAUUGUAGCCAAUAUGACAGAGUGGAAGCACCAACACAUCACAAAGCAGUUAGAAAAAUGGAUGCAGAAAAAUGUAGCAGAAAAUCUCUAUAGCAGCACCCUUGCAGGAGGUGUGGCCACUUCUCCAAUGCUCAUUGUUUUCCAUGGAAGAUAUACAACUAUUAAUCCUUUGUGGCAUAUUCGACAUUUAGGAUGGAGUCCUGAUGCUAGAUACUCAGAGCAUUUUCUUCAGGAGGCCAAGUUACUUCACUGGAAUGGGAGAUAUAAGCCUUGGGGCUACCCUAGUGGACACACUGACUUUUGGGAAAAAUGGUUUCUUCCUGACCCUUCAGGAACUUUUAAACUGGUUCGUCCUAAGACCUAAUUAUGCCAUUUAUCUUUAAGACAUCAGAAACAGUUUUCAUCAUGAUCAUGGUUAUAUAUAUAUUUGAGAUGGUAUUUAGUGAACAUGGCUCUACUGUAUAACUGAAUCUUAUGAUGUAUAAGCAUCAAAAUAAAAUUUUACCACAAGGACAAUGAGGCCACAAAGUAUGCACACUAUCACUCUUUCUAGCAGGAGCUGAAACUGAAACAUUGUUAAGGAAAACAAUCUUUAAUAACACCAAGGUCUCUAUUUAAAUAAUUCUGUAAAUAAGGACUUACCAAAAUACUUUUUGUAAUACUGUUUGAAUAAAUUUGUUUUUGUCUUAAGUGCAUCUUCUAUAUAUAAAAUUAAGCCAAAUAAAAUUAAGCAUCCAUUAUUUUAUUUCAAAUAAUUUAAAACUGCUUUGUUGUAACAACACCAAUACAAUUAAUUAUUGACUUUUAAACAAUGUUACAUAAAGCACCAGAAAAUAUUAUAACAAUUUUUUUUCAAAAAAAAAAAAAAAAAAAAAAAA